CAACGGAAAGUUACUUGGGACUGGCCCGAGCGGGGAGCCGGCGGCAGAGUUUAGAGCGAGCCUUUGGGGGACACAGGCGGUGGGAUCCCCAGCAGGCGGGAUCCCCAGCAGGCAGGCACUGCGGCGUUGGGGUCGGGGACCUCAGGGAUCACCUGAAUUGGGUUCACUUCCUGGCCACACCCCAGGUGAUCGGCCUCUGGCUACGACUGAGCCCAGCUCCUGGUCUUGGGGCUGCCAGGAAAACAUGGAAGCCUCAUCGCAGUGAAGACAGGUUGGAUUUUUCCCUUCUGCCAAGUAGCGAGGCUUUUCCCCUUGGUUUUCAUGUCGCGGACCCCGAGCCCCUGCGGUCAGCUCCCCUGAGAUGGACUUGGAUGAAUGAGAAGAGCCGGGCUCCAGAAACUGCCCACUGCCCACUGCCCUCUGUCCCUGCUCCUGCUGCUGCCGCUGCAGCUGCCUGAGGUGACGCUUGGACUUGGGAAGAUCUGUUACCGGAAUCCUCAGCCAUGCAAAAGAAAGAAAUAGACUGUUUGAGUCCCGAAGCUCAGAAACUGGCUGAAGCCCGGCUUGCGGCCAAGAGAGCGGCCCGAGCUGAGGCUCGAGAGAUCCGCAUGAAGGAGCUGGAGAGACAACAGAAGGAGAUCUAUCAGGUUCAAAAGAAAUAUUAUGGGCUGGAUACAAAAUGGGGUGACAUCGAGCAAUGGAUGGAAGAGAGCGAGCGAUACUCUCAUAGAUUCCGAAGAAAUCCAUCGGCUUCUGAUGAAGAUGAGCGCAUGUCUGUGGGUAGUCGCGGAAGCCUGAGGUCCCAGGCAGAACUGGACUAUGCUGGCGCCUACCCUGUGCAGACAAAUGGUUACGAUGGAGACCUGUACGGAUCCUCAUCCCUGAACAGAAAAUCUAGCAGGAGUUCCAGAUCCAGCAAGGAAAGCAAACCGUCCAGCAGGCUGUCAUCCAGGGAGGAGAAGUUGGGCUCCUACUACUCCGACCUUGGGCUUUCCUGCAACAGCCUUCCCUCCAGACCCCUGUCGGCUUCCCAAAAUGGAGCUCGGGCAUCUCUGUACGAUGAGAGCAUAUACGGUGGCAGUCGACGAUAUAGCACCUCCAAUUCGCAUCCCCCCUCUGAGUACAGCGGCUACCUGGGCUCCGGAUCGCGGGCGUCCUCCAGAGCCAGCUCGGCUCGUGCAAGUCCAGUGGUUGAAGAGAGGCCAGAAAAGGACUUUGCUGAGAAGGGAUCCCGUAACAUGCCCAGCUUAUCAGCAGCCACGUUGGCCUCUCUGGGCGGAACCUCCUCUCGGAGGGGCAGUGGAGACACCUCCAUCUCUGUGGACACCGAGGCCUCCAUGAGGGAAAUCAAGGAGAUCAAUGAGUUAAAGGACCAGAUUCAGGAUGUAGAAGGCAAAUAUAUGCAGGGCCUGAAAGAAAUGAAGGAUUCCCUUGCUGAGGUCGAGGAGAAAUACAAGAAGGCCAUGGUUUCUAAUGCUCAAUUAGACAAUGAAAAGAUGAACUUCAUGUACCAGGUUGACACCCUAAAGGAUGCACUGUUAGAACUGGAAGAACAGUUGGCUGAGUCUCGAAGACAAUAUGAAGAAAAAAACAAAGAGUUCGAAAGGCAGAAACAUGCCCACAGUGUGUUGCAAUUUCAGUUUGCUGAAGCCAAAGAGGCCUUAAAACAACGAGAGGAGAUGCUCGCAGAAAUCCGGCAACUGCAGCAGAAACAAGAAAGUUAUAUCAGGGAUGUUUCUGAUCUUCAGGAAACAAUAGAAUGGAAAGACAAAAAGAUAGGGGCGUUAGAGAGGCAGAAAGAGUACUUUGAUUCCAUCCGGAGUGAACGGGAUGACCUUCGUGCUGAAGCGAUCCUGCUGAAGGAGGAGCUGAAGAAACAUGGAAUAAUACUGAAUUCUGAAAUCACUACCAAUGGAGAGCCUCUAGAUAAUCUAAGUCACAUGAGCCACCUGGGAUCUCCCAAGCUGUCACAAGAGGAAACAAAUACCCUCAAGUCAUCCAGCGAUGGGACACUUGGAAGAGCCAGUGAAGUGGAGGUGGCGAGUGAGAAUGUGGACAAAGUGGGGCAAAGCGCGGUCUUGCAGAAUCCUGAGCGUGAACAGCCCCAGGCGGAUUCCGCCAAGGCAGGUGUGGACACCAAGGCCUUACCUCCUGAUGGGAAUGCUGAGGCAGAAACCCCCCCGCAGGACCAUGCCAUGGUGCCUGAAACAUUAGCCAAGGAUCCAACCCAUGUGCUAGAGACUCAUUCUGUCCCCGAAAAUACCAACGAGCUGGUGGAACCCAAUGGGGGUGGAGACAGACAGGGGGCUAGCACAGAAUCCAUUUACCACGAUGAUUUAAAUAGUAAUGUUGAUCAGAAUCAGGAAACUGCAGGGAGCACUCACUUUCCCAGUGUUGUGAUUAGCCAGGAUGAGGACAGUUCUUUAGAUGAUCAAAAUGAAAAGAAAGAAUUCGUAGAAAAGCAGAAAGAGGGAAAAUCAGAGGAAGAGGGUAGCAGGAAAUUAGCUCAGGAAACUGAUCAUUUGGGGACACCAGAUACUGAAAGAAUAGGCACAGAGAUCGAGGAACUAAGUGAGACUCAUUCAGAAAACUUGCUUGAAGGGACCGAAGCCAAAGACAGGACCGUGGUAGAUUCAAAAGCAGCCAGCAAAGGGGCUAAAGAUGGAGCAGUUAGUGGGGAUGAAAAAUGUACAGAUCUCACAAAAGGGGAACAAAACAAGGAGAAGGAAAAUGGGUUCAUAAAGGAGGAGCCGCACCAGACAAUUCCAUCUUCUCCUCAAAUCAAGAGCAGUCAGCCAGAAAAAAUAGACAGGAAGGUCAGGACUGGUGAAAAUGAAUGCUCCGAUCGGAAGGUGCCCACAGCAGAAAGAGAUGACCAGAAAAGGCAAAUGUGUGACUCCUCACCCAGAAAGUCCAAGAACAAGAAGAAGAAAAACAGGAAGAAAAAAUCACCCCCUGUCGACUCUCCCGAAGAUGUUAAGAAAGAGUUGGUCUUCCAAAACACAGAGGAAGAGGAGGAGGAAGAGGAAGUAAAAUUGGAGGCCGAGAGUCAAGCCCAAGAUGCCCUUGGCGAGGCGAUCCAAGAGGAGAAGCCAGAAACGGGGACCGAUCUCGAUGAAUAUGUGGAUUGUCCAGAGGAAGCCAAAGCUGACUUAGAUGACGGACCAAAGAGGGAAGCCAAGAACCAUGAAAGGGGUGUAGCUGACGACAGCAAAGCAUCUGAGCUUGACAAUGAUGUAGGAGCCAGCAGCAAGGGAGAGUGCAGUCCCUCAGAGGUUGCAGGGGUUAGGAGCAUAGAAGAGUCCAUCCCAAGCGAUCGUCCUGCCAAGAAAGCAGCAGAGCAAAGCCAGAUGUCCAAACUGGAGAAUAAAAGAGCUUCAGGCAGUGAGCCUGAAAACAAAGAGGCGCCAUCUUCCCCUGAUCCUAGUCCUCCCACCGAGAUGACGGAGGAAACCUUCGAGCAGUCAGAUGAGCAGCCAGAGACAGCUGAGGAAGUGUUAGAGAGUAACAGCCUAGAUAGUCAUGAGGCUACAGACCCAGAAGACAGCAUCAAGGCAGAGAGCAAAGAGGACGCCCCAGGCAGGAGCAGUAAGGGGAAAGAUAAAAAUAAGGAAGAAUGCUCCAUGUCUUGAGACAUGAGCAAGAGGCUGACAGUAGCCGAAGUAGGGGGAAGACAGCUAGAAGGAAAACAUGCACUUUUCAGAAUAAGUCCCAUCAUACAUAGGAAAACUUGGGGGGUUUGGUCUUCUGAUGACAGCCCUAGAACCUAGGCCGGUCUGUACACACUCUGUGGCAAUCAGUGACCGCAUCAUUCCCUGCUCUCAAUCACAAAGAUCUUUGUAGAUGCCUAUUUCAUCUCUCUCAGGUUCAGUCAAUCUCUGUGUGUGUCACCUAGCUCUUUAAAGAGGGAGCUAUGAGCUCAGGUCGAACCAAAUAACUACUCUUCAUGUUCAUUGCUUUAGUUUAGUUUCCAGUUCAAAAUCCAGGCAGGCUCAAUGGCCUUCAUUUCUGUCCAAGCCCGUAGACACAUGUGGCUGUGAUUAACCAUGCAUGGCACCAUUUUGUUAUAAAGAUCAAACAACCCUCUCCCUGUAACCGAUUGAUUCCCACUUGGCUUGGUCUCUGAUUCCAAUGCCUUCUAUUUAUCAUCCCUAGUAUAUUUAUUUUAAUAGGUGCAUUGUGAAAGAUACCACAGAUGAUUUCAAGGCAAUAAGCUGCCACUUAAUAGUUAGGUCAUUGAGUGAGAAGAUUUGUGCCUUAUGGAAAUGAAAGUUCAUUUAGACAGUGAAGCUCUGAUGCCUUCAAUACCGAGAGGAGGGUCGAGGUCAGAUUACACCUGGAUCUGCCGAUUGAGUCACCCUGGAUCAAGCGUUGGGGGCCAUGUUACCAAUCAUUCCUUGAUAUAUAGAAAUAUUUUUGUUUAUUUGUUUGAGGAAAAAUGAUUUCAUUUUAUGUGCACAUUACCUAUCUGAUGUAUUUUAUAUACAAUGCCACUGAGAUAAAUGAGGUUUAUUUUUCCUUUUAAAAAAAGCUAUUUGUUUAAAUUCAUUUCCUAGUACUUUUACUUUCUAGCAAGAGCACACUUUUGGAACGAUAGCUUACCUUGGAAGUGCCCUUUAUCGUCUUGGCUAAUCCUUGUGGAGUGUCUAACCUUCAUUAACUAGUGCUAUACCCAAAGUUGUAACCAUCACUGCAGACUCCUAACUCCUAAUGAACAAGAGAAAUUGUAGACAAUUCAAUCACUUCUGACUGCCAUCUGUACUAUCUCCCCAGUCUGGCUGGUACGUUCUGAAUUUGGCCUGCACGUAGGCCCCUGUGUGUUUGCUGCAUAAUGAAAUGUUCUUUUUAACUGUUUUUGGAUAUUAAAAUCAAAGUGUAUUCUUACAUGAAUGUCAUUGUCAUUUAUUGGGAUAUGUUAUGUGGUUUUUGUCGCUGUUACAAAAUCGUUGACUGCAACCAGACCAAAGUUUUAUCAUCAUUUGAGGUGUAUAUGAUGAAUGUUGUAUAUAACUGAAAUAAAGGCAUUUUAUAAGUUU